GACGUCCUUUUUCCGGCGAGGAAAAAGACAUGAAUCGUAACAGAAAUCGCGAGCUGUGACCGUCAUAUAGGACUUCCACCUGUCGCCGGCCUUGGCCGCUGCAUUCCCGCGGGCGGCCUGAUAGAGACGGGCGGGUAUAAAACGCACCCUCUCCUCCUCUUGGACGUCUGGCAUUUCCCCCGUGGCGAUACAUGCUACCCAAGCCUCACCAGCAUCUCACUCGAUUCUCCUCCCUUCCAACCAGCCAGGAAAUAUCACCAUUAUGAAGGUCGCAAUCGCGGGCGUCGGCAACUUUGGCCGCUAUCUCCUCGAGGAGAUACCCAAGGAGGGCCACGAGCUAGUCGUGCUCACGCGCUCGCGCAAGCCCGACCUCGAAGCCCUGGGCGUCGAGCAGCGCGUCACCGACUACACGCCCGCGGGCCUCGCCGCGGGCCUCGCCGACGUCGACGUCGUCGUCGCCACCAUCCCGCCGACCGCGGGCCGCGCCUUCGUCGCGACCCACCUGGCGCUCCUCGACGCGUGCCGGCGGCCGGGCGCGCGCUGCCGCCGCCUGGUGGUGUCGCAUUGGGGCUCCAACCACGAGGACGUGCCGGACCAGCCGCUGGGCGCGGGCGCGCACAUGCAGGAGGUCGUCGACGCGCUAGCGGCGCAGCGCGAGGUCGAGUGGACCGCCGUCUCGUGCGGCUGGCUGGCAGACUACGUGCUGCCGCGGACCUCGCGCCACCUGGCCGACAUCGGGGAGGCGUGGCCGCAGGACCACGCGGCGCGCACCUUUACGCUGUACGGGCUGGGCGGCGCCGCCGUGGACGUGACGGCGGCGCGCGACGCGGCGCGCGCGACGGCGCGGCUGGUGACGGCCGCGGCGGAGGGGGUGGCGUGGGAGAAGUGGGUGUACGUGUCGGGCGAGCGGACGACGUGGCGCGGGCUGUGGGGGUUCGUGAAGGGGAGGGAGCCGGACUACAUGCUGAAGAAGAGGUCGCUGGCGCAGUCGGUCGAGCAGUACAAGGCGGCCGCUGCCGAGGACGACCCGAGUGGGAUCGUGGCCGCGUUCGAGCUCAUCGGCCACAGCGAGGCGCUGGAGAUGCCGGCCGACAAGGUGGCGGCGCACAGGGAGAAGUACUUUGCGGGCAUCAAGUUCAGGACGCUGGCUGAGCUGGCGGACGAGGCAAAGGCGAAGCCAGGAACUAUCGUUUGAUUGAUGGAGGUAUACAAUAAGCAAGGAGCAGGUUUGACCUUUUUUGCUGUAGAAACGGAUGCACCCGGGCCGAUCCUUAAAAAACUAGGUACCUACCAGGUAGGUAGGUGUGCAUAAGAUCCCAGAAAGCUAGAGAUAUGAAAUAAACCCACAUUAUAGGAGA